ACCCAAACACAAGCAAACAAUCCAGAAUCCAUUACCCAAACGUCACUUGUUUCUUCUGCUAUCGUCACACUCCAUUUUCCCAAUUUUCUCACCCACUUUCUCUCUCCUCUCGAUUUCCUCCCAAUUUCUAGGGUUUUGCUGAACGCCGGAGCAAUGGAGGCGCCGGAUUUUCACCUACCUGACGAAGUUUUAGCAGUCAUUCCGACGGAUCCUUACGACCAGCUUGAUUUAGCUCGCAAAAUUACUUCAAUGGCGAUUGCUUCUCGAGUUUCGAAUCUUGAGUCUGAGACUAGUCGACUUAAGAAGAAGGUUUCUGAUCAAGACCGCCAUAUUUUUGAACUUGAGGAGAAAGCUUCUCGCCUUCAGCAAGUUUUUCAGGAAGCUGAUUCUCGGUUGAAACUUGUCCUUGAUGAAAAUAUGAAAUUAGUACAGGAGAGAGAUUCGUUGUCGGCGACUGUGAAGAAAUUGAACCGGGACUUGGGAAAGCUGGAGACAUUCAAGAGACAACUAAUGCAAUCACUUAGUGAAGAUUCUUCUACUGAAACUGUUGAUAUCGGGACCUGUGAUCAGUCAAUUCCAAGAUCCUAUCCAGACAAAGCUGACGGUGCUAAUGGCCACACAAGACACUAUUCUUAUAAUGGCACCACUGAAUCCAGAUACUCAAGCAAUGAAUCUGUGAAACAAACUGGUCAAAGAUUUUCAUUGACUCCUUAUCAGAUCACCCCUCGGCUGACUCCUACUGGAACACCCAAAGUUAUUUCGGCUACUGGUUCCCCCAGAUCUUAUUCCGCUGUUGGGUCUCCUCAGAAAAACUCUGGGGCAACAACUCCUACUAAAAUGCAAUAUGAUGGGCGAACUUCAUUGUCAUCAUGGUAUCCGUCAAGUCAGCAAUCAUCAGCGGCAAACUCACCACCUCGUGCUCGGGCUUUGCCAAGUCGAACCCCUAGAAUUGAUGGGAAGGAGUUUUUCCGGCAGGCUCGGAGCCGAUUGUCAUAUGAGCAAUUUAGUGCUUUCCUGGCGAAUAUUAAGCAGCUAAAUGAUCACAAGCAAUCACGAGAGGAAACUUUACGGAAAGCAGAAGAAAUACUAGGUACAGAUAACAAAGAUCUUUACCUCUCAUUCCAAGGGCUGCUCAACCGCAACGUGAACUAGUUUUUGCAAACAUGCAGUUUCGAGCCUUGUGGUGUUUGUUCAAACAUCUUCCAGCUGCUUGCUGAAUGUCAUCUGCUUACUCAUGCGAUGUAAAAUUGAGAAGCUAAUGUAGUUUAUUUAAAGGAAGGUUGACUGUUGUCAACAUCAUUGUACAAUUUUCAUGCAGGUUAUACAAUGUAAAUAAAUUGUUUCUACUUUGUGUCACCUGCAAAAUUGAGAAGAGUUAGAUCUGAAGAGAACUUGCCCUGAUUGUAGAUUUGCUUGAAGCGAAAAUUCUCUGAUGAAAGCUUAUUUAUUACUUCCUGCAAUUGCAAGACCAAUAAAUUCAUAACUGCAUUCAUAUAUUAUGUCAAGACGGUAAAAUUCGUGAACAUGUUAGCUUGUUAAGGUUCUGGUUCCUUGCAUUGUAUCCUGACUUGGAUGAAGAGUGAAGUUUUGCCUGA